AUUUUUCUCUCUAUCAAGUUCUAACAUAGUGCAAUGAGUAAAAAAGAAAAAGAAUGAUUAUUAUUCAAAGAAAAAAAAAAAAAAUCUCAUAAAUGGGUAAAAAAUCUCUACACUACUCUCUGUCUCUUUCUCAUAGAGAAACUGGUUGUCGUUACUAUGGAUUUGUAGAAAGACAUACUAUAUAUUUAUAAAUGGGUUGUACACAAAAUGGACAAAAUGUGUGUUUGUAAUUAUCGAGUGUAUGAAAUCACAAUUAUUGAACGAUAAAACAGUGUUAAAAUUUGUAAAUCACAGUGAACAUUAUAAUAUAAUCAAUAAAAUUAUUUAUAAUUUAUAACAUUACAUUAAUAAAUACAUUUUUUUUCACAUAAAUUUAUACACAAAAAAAAAUAAAAUACAAUAGUCAUAAUAAUAAUAACAACAAUAAUCAGUAUAUUCAUAAUAAUAUUAUAAAUAAAAAAAUAAUAUAUUUUUUAAAUUAAAAUAUAUUCAAUAAUUAUUUUUUAAAUGAUUAAUUGAAUUAAUAUUUGAAGCCGGGUCUUGUGAAGCACACACAAAAACACUAUUGUCUUUUUCAUUAUUAAUUUAUAAUUAAAAAACAAAAUCAAGCCAAUAAUUUUUUGACAAUAUCCAUUAGGAAUGUCUAAAAAUAUUUCAUAUAUUUUUUAACAUUAAAUUUACAAAUAAGAAGAAGAAAAAAAAAUGAAUAAAUAAUUCAUAAUUUUUCAUUUACUUUGAUAUUUUUAUAUGAAUUUAUUUUUUGCAUUUAUUAAUGUACGAAAAUUGGAGCAUUAAAAUGGAUACCCAAGGAGGUAUAUCACGUAAUGCUGGUCCAGGUCUUUAUGAAUUUCUCAUGGAGGCUGAACUUCAACAGUAUUAUGCAGGAAUUCGAGGUGACUUGAAGGUACAGACAACAGCACAAUUAAAAUAUGUAACAGAGGAUGAUUUAACAACAAUUGGAAUGAGUAAACCAGAAAUGCGUAGAUUAAAAAAAUAUUUUCAAAAACAUUUUCCACAAAAUUAUUUAUUGAAAUUUAAAAAAAUGUUAUUAUCCAAAAGAGAGGGUUGUGAUCAAAUUGGUGGCUUGUCAAUUCUAGCUGAAGAAAAACAAGAUAAACCACCAAUAAAAGUACCAAAUAAACAUAUGAUACCAGCAGAUGCAAUAAUUGUUAAUAAAGAACUUGGUACUGGUGAAUUUGGUGUUGUACAACAGGGUGUAUGGACAAAUGAUGGUGAACGUAUACAAGUUGCAAUAAAAUGUUUAUCACGUGAAAGAAUGCAAAAUAAUCCAAUUGAAUUUUUAAAAGAAGCAGCAAUAAUGCAUGCUAUUGAUCAUGAACAUAUUGUACGUUUAUAUGGUGUUGUACUUGAUACAAAUUCAUUGAUGCUUGUUACUGAAUUAGCACCAUUACGUUCAUUACUUGAAUGUUUAAAAGAGCCAAGUUUACGUGCUAGUUUUCCAGUAUUAUCAUUAUGUGAUUUUUCAAUACAAAUAUCUGAUGGUAUGCAAUAUUUAGAAGCUAAAAGAUUAAUACAUCGUGAUUUAGCUGCACGUAAUAUACUUGUAUUUUCUAAAAAUAAAGUUAAAAUAUCUGAUUUUGGUUUAUCAAGAGCACUUGGUGUUGGUAAAGAUUAUUAUCAAACAAAUUUUAAUGUUAAUUUAAAAUUACCAAUAGCAUGGUGUGCACCAGAAUGUAUAUCAUAUUUAAAAUUUACAUCAGCAAGUGAUGUAUGGGCAUAUGGUGUUACAUUAUGGGAAAUGUUUAGUUAUGGUUUUCAACCAUGGGCAGCUCUAACUGGACAUCAAAUAUUAGAAGCAAUUGAUGAACCAAAUUAUCAACGUCUUGAACAACCAGAUUGUUGUCCAAAUGAUUAUUUUUUAUUAAUGCAACAAUGCUGGCAACAUGAACCAACAAAAAGACCAAAAUUUCAUGAAUUAAUAAAUUUAUUACCAGAUUUAAAACCUGAACAAGUACAAGCUGUACAAGAUAGUUCAGAAAUUGGACAAUUAUCAUAUCGUCAAAGUGAUAUUAUAACUGUAUUAGAUAAAGGAGGUAAUAAUAUAUUAUGGAAAGGUGUAUUAACAAAUGGUAAAACUGGAUUAUUUAAUCCAGCUCAUACAAUUGCUUAUCUUGGUUCAAAUUUACCAAGUAAUAAACCUGGUGAAUUUACACGUGGUGAUGGUAAAAAUGUAUUUUCAUCAUCACAAAGAAAAAAAAUACGUACUGAUAUGAUAUCAUCACCACAAGGUGAUUUAAAACAUACUGGUCAUGUUGGUCUUGAUGGAGCAUAUUUUGGUGAUAUUAGUUUUCUUGGUGGUAAAUAUCCACAUUUACCAAGACAAGUUGUAACACCAUAUAAACCACAUGAAGAUGUUACUGAUAAUUCUAGUCAAAUUUAUAGUCAAGAUGAACGUAAUGCUGAGGCAUCAUCAUGCACAAAUAAAGACAGUAGAAAUUCACAUGGUUUUCAAGAUGUUAGCAUUGAUGGUUUAUGGUCAGAUACAACAUCUGAAUUAUCAUUUACAAGUACAAAUCAUAAUAAAAUUAAUAAAAAAAAUCAUCAACAUGAUUCAAUUAUAAUGCCAAAUUGUGCUAGUGCCAUUGAAGCACUUGGUGCUGAUCAUGAAUAUCAUGAAAUUAGUGAUGAAGAAAAUCAAGAUAGUCCAUUGAGAUUUGAUAAACCAUUAAAUUUUGAUUUUGGACCAAGUUUAUUGGAUGAAAUGGAUCAAAUGUUUCGUUCACUUGGUUCUUCACCACAACCACCUCCACCACCACCACCACCAUCUUCAUUGUCUGGUCAUCAUUCAUCAGCUGAACAUGAAUCAAGUAAUGCUAGAAAUGAACUUCGUGAAAUUCAAGCUAAGCAGAGUAACAAAAAAAAACAAGCCAGCGUGAGUCCCACAAAUGUGAAACCAAUCUCAGCUGCCGAUCAGAAAACUCUUUAUUCGGCAAUUGCGAUGGCACAGGAAUUGACCGCACGUUCAAUGUCGGAUCUUGACCAUCCACCAGAUUCACCACGAACACCUGCAAGUCCAACAAGACGCAGAAAAUUUUCAUUUAAAUUGCCACAUCAACACAGUCCUAAACCCGACAGACGACACUUUUCUGAGGAAGCUGCUAGUAUACCUGACAUACAGUGGCUAUGCUCAAGUUUACAAUCUCUAUCAUCAACAGUAUCAAGUAUUGAAUCACUUGGUGCUCCAUCAACUCUUAAAUUACCAUUAUGGGACAAGGCAUCUGCUGAAUUUUGUUUUGCAAAAUCACGUGAAUUAUUAACAAAACCAAGUGCCUGGACAUCCUAUAUGGAUAUGGAAUUUGAUACACGUAUUAUUAAUGAUAAUGAUUCAAUUAAAAAAAGUCUUGUUAAAUCAACAGAAUUUUUAGAUAAUGGUAAUCGUAAUGGUAGUAUUAAUAAUUUUGGUAAUGGUGAUGUAUUAAUUGAAAAAAAUAAUACACAAACAAAUGGUAAUGGUAAAAUAUCAUAUUUAUCAAAUUCAAAUUUAGAAAUGUCAAAAGAUGCUAAACGUGUAUCAACAAGUUAUAUUGAUCGUUAUUUUGAUCAAACAAAAUAUUAUGAUGAUGAUACAAAUAUAGAAGAAUGUUUUGAACGUGAAAUUUAUGGUUUUGAAGAAGAAAAAAAUCAUUUAAAAAAUUCAAAUAAUAAUUUAGAUAAUAAUGAAAGAAUUAAUUAUUGGACAAAUCAUUUUUCAACAAGACAUGAUACAUUUGGUAAAAAUAAAAUGCUCAAUAAUCAAGAUAUCAUGAGAAAAAAUAAUAUUAAAACAAAUGAUAAUAAUUAUCAAUUUGAAAAUAUGUCAAAUUAUCAAAUACCAUAUGUUAAAGCAAAAUCAUUUGAUUUAUCAACUGAUGGAAUUAUGAAUUUUGAUGUUGGAACAAGACCAAAAGUACCUGGUUCAAUUAAAUUUAAUUUAUCACGUGAUGAAGUUGAAAAACGUAUUGAAAUACAAAAAGCAAGAGAAGCUGCUUAUCAUGCUGAAAAUGUUAAAGCUCGAAAUUAUAGAGCAGCAGCAGCAUCAUCAUCAGCAGUAGCAACAACAAGUUCUACUGUUGCAUCGUCAUCAUCAUCAUCAACAACAACAUCAACAAUAGCAACAGCAUCAAGUUUUGACAGUACAACACGAGCAAAUUUAGAUACUGUUAGAAUUAAAAUACAAAGUUAUCGUAAAAUUGAAGACAAUAAAAAUGGUCAUGAUAAUAAUUAUCCUUUUUUAAUAUCAAAUAAUCCAUUAUUUAUAUCUGAGACUGAUAAACAAGAAUCACCACUUUAUAGUAGUUCAGAAAGUUUAAGAGUUAAUUUUCAACGUUUACGAAGAAAAUCUGAUGCUGAAAUUGGUAAUGGUAGUAGUGAUUUAAGUAGUAAAAUAUUUGCUGAAAAAUAUCACAGAGAAGUAUCUGGUUUAGAGAGUGUUAAAAAUUAUUUAGAUGCUAAAAAAGGACAAAGAUUUAAUCUUGGUCUUGGUAAAUUAACACAAAAUAUGAUACAACUUGGUAAAAAUAUUGCUCAAAAUUCACGUAAUUUAGAGUCACCAAAUGCCAAAUCAAAAGUAUCAAAUAUGAGAAAUUUAGAUGAUAUAACAUCUAGCUCAAUUAUGAGAGAUAUUAAUUUUAUAGAACCACAAUUACUCAAACAAGAUUCACAAAUUAAAAAAACAUCUAACAAUAAUUUUUUACUUGAUUCAAAAAAUCGUAAUGGUCAUUCAUCAAAUGGUCAUAAUGAUAAUUCAUCAGCUUCACCAAUUAAAACAAAUAAUCAACAACAACAACAACAACAACAACUUAAUAUUCUUGAUCCUCCAAAAUUAUAUCAAAAUGAUACGUCAAAAAAUGAUUAUGGAAAACCAGAAAUAAUUGUUGAUACAAUAACAACAAAUACAAAUAUUUAUCGUCACAGAACUGGCUCAUUAUCUGAAACAAAAAGACCAGUUAUAAAAAAUAUACGUAGAUCAUUUCAUCCUGGUGCUGAAUCAAGUGAAGAUUCAGAUUCAAUAUCACAUUCUGAAACUGAUAUACGUGCACGUUUACGUUUUAAAAAACGUAGUAAAAAAGUACCUCAAAGUUUACGUUUAAAUUUAAAUAAAAAUAAUAAUAAUAACAAUAAAAGUAUGUUUUUACAUCCAGAAACAGCACGUGGUUGUUCAAUAAUUGAUCAUACUGGUAAAUCACCACCACCAUCAACAAGUUUUUUAAAUUCAUUAUCACCACCAUUUUCAUCACGUAACAACAUGUUAUCAUGGCCAGAAAGUGCACCAAGUUCAAGUUUAACAUUUACAAGUAAUUCAGAACUUGAUUCAGAUACAAGCUCAGCUGAAUAUCCUGAAUUUACACAGGAUGCACUUACAUUUCCACCAUCACCAGCACCAUAAUAUUAUUAUACCACCAUUACAAUUACUAAAAUUAUUUAAAAAAAAUAUACUACGGUAUUAAAAAUUUCUCAAUUAAUUAUUAAUAAUAAUUUAUAAUCAAAAGACACAUUGUCAAGUGACAAUUGCUCCAAUUUUAUACAAAAAAAAAAAAAAAAAAUUAUCAUAAUAACGUAUAUUCAUAUUUUCGAUUAUAUUAAAAACGUAUUUACGCUUAGCAUGCCUGCAUGACAUACUAUUUAAUAUUAUUAUAUAACAUUUGAUACCUUGAGUAUUGUAACGACUAUUAUUACUAAUCAUAAUAUUAUAUACACGAAUGAAACAUAAAAUUUUGAUACAUUUACAAAUUUAUACCAUUUGUACUAU